AUGAAAGAACCUCCUCCUCCUCUUCACCCAGACGAGGACAAAAACGAGAGCGACGAGAGAAAAAACAUCGAUCAAAAGGAAGGGGACGUUGAAAUUGCCGCCAUUUCUUCCUCCUCUUUUAACGAGAAUACCCUCACUCGCAACACCAACAACCACAUCGUCGGGGAAAAAUCACCAUCCUCCUCGGAGGAUGAAGCGGACGCGUUCAAGCGUUUCCUCGCCUCCGUGGCAAUCUUAGCCGGCACCGCGGUCGGUUCUGGAUGCCUCGCCAUCCCUCGAGCGACGGCACCGGCUGGAGUGAUCCCGUCCUCGGCGGCGAUGACGUUAGUGUGGGUGUUUUUAUGCUUCUCUGCGUUGUGUAUCGUGGAAUCCGUGGAGGCAACCAGUCGGAAGAUGAAGAGGGCAGACGUGCCUUUACACGUCGUCGCGGAACAGACGCUCGGUAAGAAAUGGGCGAAACUGGUUGGGUUUUCGUACGUGCUCGCGGUGAACGCGGCGUUGUGUUCUUCGCUCUCCAAAGGCGGGUACAUCUUAGUGGCGUCGACGUUAGGUAAAGAGAACGGCGGCGGUUUGAACAUGCUCGCCGGGUGGGCGUAUUGCGCCGCGGUGUGGUUCAUAGGUGUUUUGUUAGCGAUUCCAGCGUUUGUGGACGGAGGUAAAAUUGCGGAAAAUGUAAACAGUAUCGCGACGAGUGUGAUGGUUUUAGCGUUUUGCGGGUUGUUGACCAUCGCGGAGGAGCGGAUAUUGCAAUCGAGUAAAGGCGUGGUGGCGGAAACGAUCGCGAAGAAAGAUUGGUCGAAAGUCUUGAAAGCGGUGCCGGCGAUUUUUCAAACCUUGAGUUUUCACUUCGUCGUACCCGUGGUGUGCACGAAGUUACACCACGAGAAGAGGAGAUGCAAGUUAGCGGUUAUUUUAGGGAGCGCGAUACCGCUGGUGAUGACGUUGUUGUGGAACUUCGCGGCGACAUUUUUACGGAUCACGCCGUCAACCGCGAACGUCAUAUCGCCGGUUGUCGACAUAUCGCCGUCGUCUGGUGUCGCGACGAACAACAUCGCACAGGCUAUACUCGAUAGAAAUAGAAACAGAGGAGAAGAAAGUGGAGAGAGAGAAGACAUCGGCGAGGGCGAGUUUGAUCUCAUCAAGUCCACGUCUUUAUCGCCGAGUGAAGUUGAAGAUGAAUUCAACAACAAGGAGAAGAAAAAGACGAAAACGACGACCACGACCACGGUGACGACGACGAAAACGAGCACGUCUGCGUUAACGCCGGAAGAGUAUAACAAAAUUCGUGAAAUGGCCAGAGAAGAAGAGAAAAGAGGUUCGAACGAGAAGGACGAGAUUGUGCGAGAAGAAGUGCGAGAGAUUAUAGACGUAGCAGAAGAUAUCGCGGCUUCGGCGGAGACGGCUUCGACGAGAACCACGACGACGAUAGAUGAUGAAAGUGAUAGCGAUAAUACGAAGGGCAAAAUCGAUGGUGGCGGUGGCGGCGGCGGCGAAGAACAGAUAUCAUCCUCGGGAGGCGUUUUUGGAGAAGAUGCGGAAGAAGAAGAAACGACGUUGGUUUCGCCGAAAGAUAUCAUCGUCGAAAAAGACGAAAACGAUGAAACCGUCGUGGUCAUCGAAGAAGACGUGGACAAAAGCACUUCGGAAGAAGAACGAGACGGCGAAGUGUUUUCCGCGUCUUCUUCCGCGUCGUCGUCCUCGAUGGACGGUGGCGAUGUGAGUAACGCCGCGUCAACAUCUGAAAGCAGCGAAGCAUCGAAGACCGCGCCGUUGGUGACUGAAAAAGAGACGAAGAAAGCGUUGACUGCGUUGGCGGCGGUUUUCGAAGGCGAAACGCCGAAACCGGAAUCCGUCGUCAAGGAAGAAACGCCGCAAUUAGUUCAACACACGGUGAAAGCUUUAAUGAGCGAUCCGAAGGAAGCGGCGGCGAAAAGUAAAAAUGAUGCAAAAGAAAUGUUGGCGUUCGAGCGGGCGUUAAUCAGCGACAAGAGUAAGCUCGACGAGUUCGUCGAAAGAGGCCCCGGAGAGGAGUGGAACUCGGCGUUGGAGAGCGAUAUCGACGAUGCGCUUGCAAACUUGGGAAGAGAGAGUUCAGAUGAUGAUGGUGGCGGUAACGACGAGGCGGAUACGGAUACGUCGUCGCCGAAUGCGUUGGAGGAGGAAAGUCUUCUCGACGAUGGAAUUCACCGCCGCUCGAAAACCCGACGGAGAAAUUUACUCUGGAAGAUUAAAAUUCGGCGCGUAUUCCACCACCACCGACACGAAAGCGACGACGCUUCCAAACCGGCGCCAAUCGAUCCCGUGCAAGCGUUACUGGAGUCGGGAGGCACCAUCGUCGAAGUUUUCGUCUGGCUGUUCGCCGGAUCGGCGGUGGUGACGACCAUCAUCGGCUCGUACCUCUCGCUCGCUUCGGCGUUUCAAGCCAUCUCGUACGAUUUCGGCUACGGCUGCGGCGUGUUUGCGCGACGUUCGCGAAAGGCGUUCAGGAAGAAAUCUUUAGCGCUCUUCUCGAAUUUAGUCACCAGCAACCCGUUCGCGCCCGCCAUCGGCGCCGGUAGCGAUCAUCACUCCAUACCGACGAAGAACGAGUGCGAAUACUACGGGCAAUUUUUCAUCGUCGUCGCUGCGGUCGCCCCGUCCGUUAUCGUCGCGUGUCACGGACCGGAAUUAUUCUACGGCGUCGUCAAAUUUAGCGGCGGCUUUAUCAUUCCUCUGUUAUAUUUAUUAGCGCCGGCGAUGAUGGUUCGCGCGACGAGAACUGGGCAUUGUUUGACUGGAUUAGUCGAUUUAGAUGCCUAUAAAAACGUCGUCACGGAUGAAGAUGAACGAGGAGGAAAAUCAUCAUCGACGCCGUCGUCCUCGAUGAAGAGAAACCAACAAAAUCCCAUCGUCAAAGCCUCGCCUCCGUUUGGGUUAGACGCGCCGAUAUGGAAAGAACGCGAUCGAUCGAUGCCGAUGACUUGGGGUGGAGAUUUAAGUCUUCUCGCGUUGGCCGCGGUCAGUUUAGGAUUAGUUUUAGCGAAUACGUAUACGUAUUUAGUCGACUAUUUGUUGUAA